GUUUUUUCUGUAAGAAACGACAAUCCAUCCCCUAAAUAAUAUCUAGAGAUCGCUAAAUAUUUCUUUCGUGUUUCACUUCUGCAAGGAGCUGCUGAAGUGAUUAUUUUCGCAAUCUCUUACUACAGCAUCUCAACAGUUGUCAUCUCCAGAUGACAAAGAUUACAAACUUGCGUCCUCGAGACUCGGUUUUUUGAAUCGUGCUUCGGCAAGCACAUGUCAAAUAUUUAAGGUUAGGUUUGGCGUAAAUAAAUGUGAUGUGCUCCGCAUGUGUACGCGAUUUCUUUUAGUUUAGAUUUUAUCUGAAAUCGUAAAAAAUGCAGGUCUCUGAUCCCAAUAAUAUUAAAAUAUACAAUCUCAGCGCUGGAAAAUCACUUCCCGAGUGGUUAUCUGAAAGAAAAAGAAGGAGUCUAUUGAAGAAAAAUGUUGAUAUCAGGAGACGGAUUGAACUUAUUCAGGAUUUUGAUAUGCCUGGAGUUAGUACGAAUAUCAAGGUUUCCAGGGAUGGGCAGUACAUCUUAGCUACAGGAAUAUACAAACCAAGAGUAAAAUGCUUUGACGUCAAUAAUUUGUCACUGAAAUUUGAGCGAUGUUUCGACUCCGAAGUUGUAACGUUUGAAAUAUUAUCCGAUGACUACAGCAAAGUAGUAUUUUUGCACUGUGACCGUUAUGUUGAAUUUCAUUCAGCUCAAGGAAAAUACUAUAGGCUUAGGAUACCUCGUUUUGGAAGAGACAUGCAGUACCAUUAUCCAUCCUGUGAUUUAUUUAUUGCUGGAGCUAGCAAUGAAAUCUAUCGGCUGAAUCUAGAAAGGGGGCAGUUUUUACAAUCACUAGUUACAGAGGCAUCAGGCAUAAAUAGAUGCACCAUAAACCCCGUUCAUCAUUCACUUGUCGUCGGAACUCAAGAGGGGAGAGUUGAGGCUUGGGAUCCACGGACAAGAGACAGAGUCGGGACACUGGACUGUGCUUUUCAUUGUGUGACAGAAAAUUCUCAGCUCGAAGGAUUUCCUUCGAUCACGGCCCUCAAGUUUCAGGGGGCAUUGACAUUGGGUGUAGGUACAGCUACCGGGCAAGUAUUGUUGUAUGAUAUCAGGUCCAAUAAACCAUUGUUGGUAAAAGAUCACAUGUAUGGACUGCCAAUAAGAGAUAUAGAGUUUCAUAAUCAGAUGGAUUUAAUUUAUUCAAUGGACAGUUCAGUUGUGAAAAUUUGGGAGAAAGGAACGGGUAAAUUGUAUACUUCGAUAGAGACGCAGUCUGACUUUAACAACCUCUGCGUGGUUCCGAAUACGGGAAUGUUGUUUAUUGCAAACGAAAAUACAAAGAUGCAGACCUAUUACAUACCUAGUUUGGGUCCAGCGCCGAGGUGGUGUAGUUUCCUCGAUAACCUUACCGAAGAACUGGAAGAGUCCAAUUUCGACACAGUUUACGAUGACUAUAAAUUCGUCACAGAGAAAGAGCUAGACGAAUUUGGACUAUCACAUCUGAAAGGCACAAAUUUACUGAGAGCAUAUAUGCACGGAUAUUUCAUGGAUGCUAGACUCUACAGAAAAGCUAGAGAUGUUGCACAGCCGUUUGCAUUCGAUGAUUAUAAGAAGAAGAAAAUCCGACAGAAGAUUGAAGAAGAACGUGUCAACAGGGUACAGGUUCAAAAACUACCUACUGUUAAUAAGGACCUAGCUAUGAAACUGCUGGAUAAUGAAACAGAUAAUAAUGCAAAGAAAAAGAAGAAGGCAACGCCUAAUCUCCUGAAAGAUAAUCGUUUUAAGGCUCUAUUUGAUAACCCAGAUUUCGAAGUUGACCGGAACGCAGAGGAGUUCCGUUUACUGAAUCCUGUAAUAUCGCAGCUGGACAAAUCCAGACGGAUAGAAUUGAAAAAGAAACUAGACAUGCAAGCUAAGCUAGAUGCGACCAGAGAGGAGGAGGAAGCUUUAGAAGGUAAACCGAGUUCGGAAGAAAGUUCUUCCAACGAAGACAGUUCAGAUGAUGAAAAACACUGGGCAAAAGAAGUCCAGAAGCAGCACAAAUUAAUAAAAAGAGAGACGAGGUAUAGAGAAUGGGAAGAAGAAAAAGCACAGAAAAUGGAAAAUAAUGUAGGGGAAACAGGGGAGUCAUCCAAAAUCAAUUCAACUAAGUUUUUCGAACUCAAAGAAGGCGUAGAGUACAAGGGUAUUAGAGCUAUCAAAAAGAAACAAAAUAGAGUGAGCCUUGGUCAGAGAUUGCAUGACGAAGAAACGAAUAACGUCAGGAUGCUCGGCUCGUUGGGAAAUCGAGAAAUGACCUUCAGUACCAAAAAGAUAAAAAGGUCUGGAUAUUCAGAAGAACAAAUUAAAAAACACAGAGAAGAACGUAAACGACUUUCUAGACCGGCAGGUAAAAUUGGUAGUAAACUGAAGCCGAAAUUUUGGAAUGGCAAAAGGGUUGUAUGACAGAAUAUUACAGAUAUCAACAAAGAAAACAAUUUGUAUACUCACUUGUAAAUAAAUCAAUCAAAAUA